AUGGACACCAUCAUCACUCAGGUCCACUCCCUGUCCCAGAACGCCGACCAGGCAGGUCGCAGGUCAAUUCAGCAUGCCCUUAGAAGACUUCUGCUGGAGCUUCAAGAUCCAAAAGACAUAUUUUAUCAGCUCCUCAACGGGCCCGUCGUGCUGACUGUUGUCCGCCUGAGCAUGGAUCUCAAGCUCUUCGAAGCUCUCGCAAACAGCGAUUCUCCUCGAACGGUGACCAGUCUUGCAGAGCAGCUCAAGGCCGGUCCAGACUUGCUCGCCCGCAUCCUUCGAUAUCUCGCGUCCCACAACCUAAUCCAAGAGACCGGAGUUGAGGAAUUCGCAGGGAAUUUAACGACCCAGCUCUUAGCCAAAAAGGGAACCGAUGCAAUAUUCAGCCACGGAUUCCAUGUCGCAGGCCCGGUGUUGCAGGUUACUCCUACCUUCCUAACAGAAACCAAGUACCAAGACAUCUCCGAGACGAAUAAAACUCCGUUCCAAAAGGCCUUCAACACUGACCUCUCGGCAUCCGAAUGGCUGGCUGAGCAUCCGGAGCAAACGCAGCACGUGCAGCAGGCAAUGUUAUCGACCCAGACGGGCGAAUGGGUUCAGAACUUUGAAUCUUUAGACAACACGGUCAAUUCUUUCAUCGAGUCACGACAGGCCUCGUCAGACAGGCCAUUUUUUGUCGAUAUAGGCGGGAGCUACGGACACCAGACCAUCCAUCUCAGGGACAAACACCCUAGCCUAACUGGUUGUCUUGUUCUUCAAGACCAGAAACAUGUAGUCGAUCAGGUUCCUACACUCGAGGGGAUCAAGGUGAUGGCUCAGGACAUCUUCACGCCUCAGGCCAUUCAAGACGCUCGAUUCUAUUACCUCAGUCGCGUACUGCAUGACUUCCCAGAUGAGUCCUGCGUCAAGAUUCUCCAGAACAUCAUUCCCGCGAUGACGAGCGAGUCUCGGAUUCUCAUCGACGAGACGGUUCUACCUGAUACUAACGUUUCGUGGCAAGCGACCAUGGGUGAUCUGUAUAUGAUGUUCAUGGCGGGUGGGAAGGAGCGGUCGGAGAGGCAGUGGCGGGAUUUGGCCGGUAGUGCAGGGCUCCAGGUCACUCAUCUACACGUUUACGAUUCCUCGCAUCAUCGGGCGGUGCUUGUUCUUGAGAAAGAGUGA